UAUUCGUAGUAAAAGCGCGCUGAACACUGCUCGCAAACCUCCAACGAAAAGGACGGAACAUCAUUAUUGAAAUAUAUCUCUGAUUGCUUUCCAAAUAUGGAAGCAAGUAGUACUUGUCUGAGCUGAUACAGGGCUAUGUGUAAAUACGUAUCAAAACAAAUACGUAUGCUUUUUUGGACUGUGAAUAAACAGAACAAAUGUUUGUUAACAGAUUAACUUGUACAAAGAUGCUAACAUGCCUCGUACGCCGUAGGCGGUUCUUUUUAUUUGUGUCCUAAUACAUCACCACAGAAGAUGGCAGUCACCGAAGCGCUUAAGGAACGAGGGUGGAAUCUCUCUGAAGAAGCUGUCGGCCAAAUAACAGAUAAUGGAAGCAUAACUGAUGUUAAACAAAUUAUUCAAAAGGCGCUUGACAUUGACUUGAGAGAAAUCAGCACAUCGGGCUUCCCAGAAGAUUUAAACAAAACAAAAUAUGAAACUAUACCUGGAAGUUUUGUUGUUCAGAUACAGAAGAUACGGAAUAUAUCAGCCCCAAAAGCAAAUGAAGAUUCUAAAGCAGCUCCUCGAAUGCUUAAAUUAUCUCUUACAGAUGGCCAAAUUAGCUGUCAAGCAGUUGAAGUUGAAUACAUGCCUCGAAUCAGCUUGGAUACACCACCAGGAACAAAGCUGUUUUUCAAGGGCGACCAGCUCCCUAUGUCACAUGGUUAUCUCCUGCUUAGACCUUCCCUUAUUGAAGUUCUUGGUGGAAAAGUUCCACACCUUGUUGAAAAAUGGGAACUGAAUCGGACCUUAGCAAAACAUACCAGAGGCAGAGUUGGGGAAGAAGGUGGACCACCACCAUGGAUUCCAUUUGGUCAAAAAAUACUGAAGCCUAACCAUCAGGAUCGAAAUUUUAAGUCCCUAGAAACAGCAAAGGAGAAGGAAAACAGAGAAAAUGCAGAAUUCGAAGCGCAAAGGAAAGAUGCUAUCGCUGAAGCAGCUCGUGGUGGUGCCAAGAAGAUUUUCGGAGGAGGCAACAAGCCAUUACUGGAUCACAACGUGCAGCAGAUUGUAGAUUAUGGUUUUACUGUAGAGCAAGCUGAAUACGCACUUCGUCAGAACAGGAAUAAUGUUCAAAGAGCUUUAAAAGUUUUGCAGCGGCGAGCAGAUGGACAAAGGAGAGAUGAUAGUGGUCGGGAACGACCUCGAUCUGAAGGAAAAGGCAAAGGUGGGGAUGAACGUGAAAGAAAAAAGAGAGGAGAGAGAGGAGGUGAAGAGGACGGUGGUGCACCUCCAAAACCAUCUGGAAAAGUUCAACUUUUUGCGUUUUUGGAAGACAAGCUGCCUGUGUCAUCAGAGAAAGAAAGUGAGCAUAGAAAUGCAAGUAACAUCAGCAACAACACUGGAAGCAGUACUAGUGGUGGCAAUGUUAUGACAUCCAACAACAUAAAUCCUGAUAAGAAGCAGUUUGGUACAGACAUGACAAACAAAGCUAAUUCCAAUUCUCGCACGAGCAGAACUGAUCGCCCUAAUUAUUCUCAGUCACGCAAUAAUGGCAGCAGAGGAGGAAACGUUAGUGGAGGUGGUAACAGUGGAGGUUCGAGAAGUAAUCGAGGAUCAAGAGGAGCUAACAACACAGCUAAUAAUAUGACUUGGAGUAAUGGAAGUGAUGCACGAAGUGGUGGGAAUUUCUCUUCUAAUGCAUCAGCAAGGGACAGUGAUCGUGGCCGUCACUCAUCGUCUGCUGGCAACAGUGGUUCCACAUUACAGCAACAGAAGCCUCCACGUUUUCAGAAUCAGCAAAGGUUCCAGCAACAGCAACAACACCAACAACCACCACAGUCACAACAACUUAACGACAAUUUUUAUGGACAGCCGUGGGCUAACUCCUACCCAGAAACACAGUACAACACCAACACUUGGUCAUCAAAAAAUUCUGUUCCAAACAGUUCAAAUAGCAAAAUUAGGGAUGAUUAUGUAAACCAUGAAACAUUUUCUUCACUUGGGUAUGAAAUGAAUAAGAACAGGUCGCGCUCAAAUAAUGCUGGAGCUGGAGGAUUUGGAAUGAACUUUGAACCUGAUACAGACAGCAGAAUUUUGGGAAACAGGCUCGAAAGAAUGAGUAAUACUAGGAAUUACCCACCACAACAGGAUAUUCUGAAUAGCAAAUUUGGCACUCUUCCACAGAGUGGAAUAGGCCAUGAUACAUACAGCAGUUACACAUCUCCACCUCCACCUCCUAGGAUUCAGCAAACUCAGCAGUUGUAUGGUGGUGCAGAAUUUACAGCUUACAAGGACCCAGUACAGCCUGCAGUCUCGAAUAAUGUCCACAACUCAACUGGCAGCAAUUAUAGCAAUCCAGGACAGGCCAUGUAUAGUUCUCCUUCCAACCAUUACAUCGCGGACAACAAAGUGUGGCGAUGGCAGAAGGGAGACAAGUGCAUGGCAAAAUACUGGGAGGACAAUGUGUAUUACAAUGCGGAAGUUACUGGUGUCUCAGAUAGGACUUGUGUUGUGAGGUUUGUGGAAUAUGGUAACUAUGAGGAAGUUCUCCAGGAUGACUGCAUACCAAUUACAGAUGAAGGCUUAGGGCAGAGUAUACAGUCAUCCAGUGCCUUUAGCAGCUCCUCUGACUCACUGCCUCCACAGAAUAAUCAGAACCACUUUUCAGGUAUACUUGAAUUUCGCCGAGGUGGCACAAGGCCGUACAUAAAGAGUGCAGGUGCAGAUCGUAAACCUCCACGCAUCCAGCAACAGUUGUACAUGCCUCCAGCUCAGCGAAAGUGACUGGAGGCUUAAAGCCUCUUCCAGGACUUCUGUCUUUCGCUUUUAACUUUGUAACUCAACAUCUGUAUGUAAAGAAUGUAUUGGAAGAUAGGCGUGAUUAAUAAUUGGCUAACCAUGGUUGUGUAAGCAUCAUUCAAAUCAUGUACCUAUAGGAUAUUACUACUAAAAUCUAGACAGAAUCAUUUUUAAACUUAUCAAAGUGGAACAUGAAAUGUGCCAAUAUAUUUUUAUGUUAAAACUCAUUUCUUUGAACCCAUAUUGCGUGUUGUUACUAUGGAAACUAACUUUUAUGUCAUCUGUAAAAGCAGCUUUUAAUUGCUCUUGAAGAGAGAUUUUUGAAAAAGAACAUUCUUCUAAUUAAGGAAUGUGGUGUUUGUGUAGUAUUGUAUGUAACAGUAAUAAUGUUGUAAUUUUGUUUCUGUAUGAGUAAAUUGUUGCCCAUAAAAAUAUUUUGAAGUUACCAUUAUUUAAUGGCUGCAGUAUAGGUAAAUAUGAUUUUAGUUAUGUCAGUUAAUGUUGGAAAGUUACAAUUCACUGAUACAUUUGUAGACUCAAAUAAUUAUUUUUAAGUAACCUGCACUGGAGAUCUGUGCAGAAUCAAAAUUAAUUUCGAAACUACGCAAAUUUUUGUUUUUGACUUUAAAAAAUAAAUGAUUGUUAGUUAUGUUUCAGCUGAGAAUAAUACAUUGGCUGUGAGGAAUGUUUCUUGUACAUGAUUUUAUGUGUUAGCAGUGUGUGAGAAGUAAUGGCCUUAACUUCCACAGGAGAAGCUAAUGGUUGUAUUUUUCAUGGCAAUACAUGAUUAAGGCAGCUUUUCUUCUGUAUUUCAUGAAAAAAUAUGGUUUUCAGUUUCAGGUGUUUUGUGUUUCAUUCAGAAAAAUGCCCAUAGCAUGUCGGCAUUAAGAAACAUUCCACAAGUUCUUUGUGUGAAUGAUUCUGCAGUAUAAAGGGAAACUAGAUAGAGAGAGCUCGGCAAAAAUUCUUUUGUAAAUUUAUUUCAGGUCUGUGACAUAAUUCCGCACAUUGAAAGUUUGUAUGUAAUCUCUCUCUCUCUCUCUCUCUCUCUCUCUCUCUCUCUCUCUCUCUCUCUCUCUCUGUCUCAUUUAUAAUUGAAUUAAUUACAAAAAAUAGUUAAAUGUAUGCAUUCUUCUAGAUGACAUUAUGUUAUUACAUGGCACUUUUGUAUUGUCUUAAGCAUGUGUAGCCAUGAAAUUUAACUUUUGAGAUACUUGAGUAUUCGAAUGUAGAGCUGUUUAUCUGAAUUCUGAAAACGUUCCUCCAGUUUAUGGAGAAACAAUAAGAAAGAUUUGAAUGAAUGUCAAGUAUCAUCCGUAUUGAAAUAUGUUUCUGUCACAAAUGAAAAUGUUACAGUCACAUUUGUCAGAUUAUCUACUUGACUAUCUUUUACAAAGUUAUAUAAUGAUGUUUCAAGUGUAAACAGAGCAGUUAAACCAUUUUGUGUUGAAGUUACAGAGGUGAAAGUGUCAAACAGUGGAGGAGAGCUUGCAUUAGUGUUUAAUAAUACCUGAAGUUGAAGGAUAUUGUUCCUUGCUGUACGUUGGCUGAGUGUUUAAUUGGUAAUUCUUGUUCUAAAUGAAAUAUUUGAGUUCUCAUUUAAAUUUCAGAGCAAUUCUAACAGCUAAAGCAAAAAUACAGCUGACAAUAUUUGUUGUUGUUUUAUAUUAUGUUAAAAAAAGAAAUGAGAUUAUGUGUAAUUAGUUUUUUAGUAUUUAAUACAGUAUUUAUUUCUUA